CUAAGCAAAGCCCACCUCAUUUGCCCAUCUCUCUCUCUCUCUCUCUCUCUCUCGCCCUCGCUCUUCAAAUAUCGACAGGAAACUGAGCAACCUCCUCCCAGAAAGUCAUCCUCAAACUCAAUCGAUCCCAUAAUUUCAAAGGAACAAUCUUUGUUGGUCCCCAUCAAUUGGCUCCGAUCUCUCAACCUUAAAUCCCAGGUAGUAUCUGAAUUCUGAAACAAUUCGAGAAAAAACAUCAUGGUAUUUGAGAAGGAAGCGAGCUCAUCCGCACAUGUCCUAAAAAUCCCACCUUUUCCGGGAGAGGACACCCCUCUCCUGGCCAAACCGGGCCACCGCCACCUCUCCUCCCAGCCCAAAACCUUCGCCAACGUCUUCAUCGCCAUCGUCGGCGCAGGCGUGCUUGGCCUUCCCUACACCUUCAAGAGGACCGGCUGGCUCAUGGGCUCCCUCAUGCUCUUCGCCGUCGCCCUCCUCACCUACCACUGCAUGAUGCUCCUCGUCCGCACCCGUCGCAAGCUCCAGGACCCUCUCGUCCUGGGCCUCUCCAAUCUCUCCUCCUUCGGCGACCUCGGCUUCGCCGUCUGUGGGCCCCUCGGCCGCAUCUCCGUCGACGUCAUGAUCAUCCUCGCCCAGGCAGGAUUCUCCGUCAGCUACUUGAUUUUCAUAUCAAACACUCUCUCUCAUCUUUCGGAUUCCUCGUCCACGACUCGAAUUCUGGGUUUGACCUCAAAGUCGUGGUAUCUCUGGGGUUGUUUUCCGUUCCAGUUGGGUUUGAACUCGAUUCCCACGCUGACCCAUUUGGCUCCCUUGAGUAUUUUCGCGGAUGUGGUGGAUUUGGGUGCCAUGGGAGUGGUGAUGGUGGAGGACAUCUCGCUUUUUCUUCAGCGCAGACCUGCUUUGCAGGCCUUUGGGGGUUUAUCUGUUUUCCUUUACGGUCUGGGUGUGGCUGUGUAUGCAUUUGAAGGGAUAGGAAUGAUUUUGCCGUUGGAAUCAGAAACCAAAGACAAGGACAAGUUUGGAAAGGUCUUGGGAUUGUGUAUGGCUUUCAUUUCUCUGCUGUACGGAUCAUUUGGAGUUCUGGGUUACCUUGCUUUUGGUGAAGAAACCAAAGACAUAAUCACCACCAAUCUCGGCCAAGGAUGGAUUAGCACUUUAGUCCAGUUGGGGCUGUGUGUGAACCUGUUCUUCACCUUGCCGCUGAUGAUGAACCCGGUCUAUGAGGUGAUUGAGCGGCGCUUCUGUGGCUCUAGGUACUGCAUAUGGCAGAGGUGGGUGGUCAUUUUGGGAGUGAGCUUGUUAGCUUUGUUGGUGCCUAACUUUGCAGAUUUCUUGUCCCUGGUUGGGAGCAGCGUGUGUAUUGUUCUGGGCUUUGUGUUGCCAGCUCUGUUUCAUUUGCUGGUGUUUAAGGAAGAGAUGAGUUGGAUUGGGAUGGUUUUGGAUGGGGCUAUUGUGGUUUUGGGGAUCGUUAUUGGAGUCACUGGAACCUGGUCUUGUGUAAUGGAGAUUCUUGCACCCAAAGCCUGAUUAUCACCCGAUCUGCUAGCUAGUGUGUCUUCUAUUUGCAUGCCCUGUUGUAGAUUAAUGUUUAUUGUUGUAAUGAAGGAUUAGUUUCAGAUUUUGAGCCUUCGUUUGGGGGCCAAUGAUGAUGAUCAUCAUCAUUUAUUCAUAUUUAUGCUAUCAAUCUUAAUCUAAGAGGAUUGAGAUAAUUAGUCAA